GCCAGCGAUAGAUAGAAUCGGCUGUUAUUGUUAAUCUUAGCUUCACCCUGUACAGGUCGUUGAGGGAAGAUGUCGAUCCUGUGGGAGAAGAGCGAGGCAUGGAGGUGGAUAGUGAGGAAGACAAGAGACUCGAAGCCAUUCUUCUUCGCAUUCGCUACAGUAUGCGGUGUCGUUCCAGGUGUGAUUGGGUAUUUCGUGAUGCAGACCACCAACUCCCGCAACCCUGAGCUUGAAGCUCGCCUCCGCCAGAACGCCCGUCCCGAUUCCCUUAUGAUGGGUAAAGUUAAUCGGGAGAGACUGGCAGAAUACCUUGGGGAGCUGCAGCGGAAAGAGGAUACAAACGAUCGCUAUGUAGCUGCUUUAAGAGGGGAGACAUUGACAAGAAACCCACAUUUGAGAAUUCAGCCAAUACCCAAGCUGGAUAACACCCAAGCUGACGAGCAGAAACUUGAUAACAAACAAAAGAAGUAGAUUAGUUGAUGGUUCUUGCUGAUGGAGCACUUUCUAUAUUUGGUAUGUUAAUGUCAUGGCUGGACAAGAAAUGGAAAGCAUUGUUUUUUUGUCUUACUACGCAAAAACUUUUGGCCUGUGUUUUAUUUGGAAUAUUUCUGGGUAAGUAGGUUUUUCUUAUACAUGCUGGAAAUGACAACGAAUUUCAUAUCA